UCCCGACUCUCGGCACAGCCAGUGUCCCCGAGCUGCGCGUCCAUGGCCGACCGGCGGCCCGUUACCACAACGCUGAGCACCAUCGCGGUGCAGUCCGGUGACACACGCGUUGUCAUCGCUUUACUUCAGUCGGGUGACAUCCUCGAGCUCAAGAUCCAGGAGCUUCGUCCUGGGCUCACCGAGAUCGGUGCAUCGUACGAUGAGGCUGUGCGGCUCCAACAGCAACACCGCCAGGUGUUGCUUAAACUGCAGAGUAAGCAGAGCCCCGUCGAAGAGUUGUUGAGCCAGGCCGACGAACUUAUCGCGAACCAGAAGCCGAAGGCCCAGGUUUAUGCAGCCAUGGCUCAUAACCUGGGCCUAGCCUGGAAGGAUCUCAAUGCACAGUUGGAACACCGUAGCCAGGUGCUGGACGCUGCCACUACAUAUCACGCGGCAGCUAAAGAGUUGGCGAACAAGCUGACGGUAGCGGAACAGGAGCUGGCCGACCCCUUCCUGCCUAACGACGUGGCUGCCUGCAAGGAACUACUUCGUAGGCUGCAAGACACGAAAAAAGGUGUCCUGGAAGCAGCGCGCACCACUCUGCAACCGUUAGAAGCCUUGCAGGAAGCCCUAAAAGGAAUGGCAGGCGCCGGAAGUCACUACGAAGCGCUUCAGGAUAGACGUCGUGCACUCGAGCCUCAAUACACCGCCCGUCGAGACGCGUUGGAGCGACGUCUUACGCACCUUCUACUCGCCCACGAUCUGGACGAGGCGGAAGCGCAACUCGAACAAGGAGAGCGUGCGGGCGACGGUGAUCUCGGUGACUCCCAGGCUCGAAGCGAGAUACUUUUACACGAGUGCGAGAGUGGAGCAGCUGUACGGGGCGAGAAACUGCGGCAUCGUGCCCUGCGCCUGGUGGGAUCCGCCGAACGGUUGCCCGCCGGUGAGGACAGCCUGCGGGAACGAGCCUACGCACUGCUGGCUCGUGUCACGGGCGUUCUGGAGAAGGACAACCAACGUGCUCGAGACCUUCGAGAUGCAGUUCACUUCUUCGGCGAAGCUCAGGCGGCUCUGGGCCGACUCGAUCAACUGGAGCUCCAGGUCCGCACGUCUGGCGCGAGUCCGGACUUGCUCGGUCUGGUCGACGCUUCCGUGCAACGCCCGCUGGAAUUGGGGCGUGAUCUUCUGUCUCGAGUUCCGAGUGCGAGAGGGGUCGAGGCCAAGGUGCGCGAGCUGGAACGGCGUCGCCAAGACGUGGCGGACCUCUGCAGCCAGGAUGUGUCUCGGCGAAGCAGCCUGUACGCGCGCUGUAUGACCGAAGUGCAGACCUUCUUGGAACGGCACCGUGACAUGGGACGAGACGAGAAGAGCGCACGUGACUUCCUCCAAAGCCACCAGCGGAUGCUGGCUGACAUGCAGGGAAACGAAGCUAGUCUGGCUGCUGAUGACAUAGCUGGAGACCGUUCGUGGCAGCGGUUCCGCACUUUCCUGGAGAUGCGCAUCUCCGUUGUUCGGCGUGUCAUUGCCUUCUGGGAACUGUUCAACUCGCAGGCUAACGUACCGGAAGCAGCUCUGGAGCGCGCGGCUGAAGACAUAACGCACGAAGCACGCGCAGUAGAGGACCCGACCUUGGACGUCACAAGUGCCAUGGGUUCCAUUCGGGAGGUCUUGGAACAGCGCCGACGAAGUUCAGCUGCUGACGAUUUUGUCCGCGACGCACAAAGGACAACAGAGUCUGCGGUCAAGGUGGAAUCCGAGCUGUACCCUGCCAUCCCGAGAGAACUGAACCGAGCCGAAACAAUCGCCCAGUACUUGGAACGCCAUCUCGACACACUCAUGCCUUUGGUGCGGACCAUCGAAGCUGAACUGGAAGCCCACAUCGCAGCGGCUAGUGGGGACCCGAGCCGAGCUACCGUCGCGGAGAAUCUCCGCGCCACGCAGACACGUUUUCUUUCACGCAUGACCGAGUACCAAGAGUUAGUGAGUCACAUGACGGGAUUUUUCCUUCACUUUGCCCAGCGUGAAAAACAACUGGAAGCUCUGGAGCUAUCUGGAGACCGAGCGGCUCUGGAGCGCCGUGGAGAACCCAUUUUAUCCGAAGCGCAGGAAGAAGCGAAACAGCUGGCAAGCCUGGUGGAACGUAUCGAGCCGAGCGAAGCUGCCGUUUUGGACCGAGACAAAGUCACUGCCUUGAUAGAAGCUCGCCGCGCCCACCUCACUGCUCACCUUCGCGAUCUUGAACGGUGCUCGCAACACGACGCUCGCCUGGGCCAUAUGGGGGAAGAACUGCACCAUGUACACAACGAGGUGCGCGAGGUGACUGAAGCCUUAGCACGAAUGCGCCGCGAUGACACGUCUCCUCCGCCUAAAACCACUCUGAUUCAGUUGGAACGCACCAUCGAGACCUUAGAACGGCGCAUCGAAACCCUCAUCACGUCUCCCAAGAGCGACACGCAAAACCAGCUCGACUCGCAAAUGAUGCGUCGCGAAUUGGACGCGCGCUGGCAGAGUUUUGAGGCUCAAGUUGCUCGUGAGCGGGACCUCAUGCGUUCAGCCGUGCACGAGUACCGGCAGGCCCUCUCACGCCUGACCGUGAAGACCAACGAAAAGUGCGUCGAAACUGCUCGUCAGGAACGACAAGCGAUAGCUCCAGUGGCAGCGCCUGAGUUUACAACUGGCUUGGAAGAUACCGAUGUAGCUGACGGUUCACAGUGCACUCUCGUGUGUGUACUGACUGGAAAUCCUUCACCCAAGGUCCAGUGGUACAAGGACGGCUCCCCAGUUGGGCCUUCUUACGUGGCUUCGUCGAAAGCUUUGGGCGACGGGCUCGCAGAACAGCGGCUUUUUAUCAAGACUGUGCGCGCCGCGGACGAAGCGAAGUUCUUGUGCAAAGCUAUCAACGCUGCCGGCAUGGCAGAGACAAGCUGUAGGGUCACUGUACUAGAGAUGCUUCGGGACCAUCCGAUCGAAGAACUGAUCCAGGAAGCACCGGAGACAGCUGGAGUCGCACCAGCAUUCACAGAAUCACUGCCUGGUAGUGUGGCAUUGUCUGAAGGACAGCCUCUGCAACUACAUUGCUCGUUGAUCGGUGAUCCGACUCCGAACGUUGAGUGGACCAAGACUCCAGGACAGCUCAGGGACACUGCCAAGUCGUCUUUCGAUGGACGUGUAGCUCAGCUGGAUCUACAAGGAACAAUCCCUGGAGACACCGGAAGUUACAGGGUGGUCGCCCGCAACCCAGUCGGACAGGCGUCAUGUGCAUGUCAGGUGGCUGUUGCGAGCACUGGUGAGGGGCCACGUGUGGUGAGGGCCUUAAAGGACAUGGACGUCAACACCGGUGCUGGUCCAGUGAAGCUCGAGUGUGUCAUUGUGGGGGUGCCGGAACCAGAGGUUAUAUGGUAUCACGACGGCGUUCCACUGAAGGAAAGUGGAACAGUGCGCCUGGAGUUCCAAGGCGACCGCUGUGCUUUGGUGCUCCAGCCAGUCAGGCGCGAAGAUGAGGGCCGUUACUGUUGCUCGGCCGUCAGCCCUCGGGGUCGGUGUUCCACCGAAUGCCAACUGCGUGUCAAAGCACCGGCAGCACCCGUGUUUCUAGAACCUCUUCGGGAUGUUACUCUGCCGUCUGGAGCACGAGCGGAGUUGUUCGCCCGCGUGGCUUCCGAUGAAGCGCCGUUUCUGGCAUGGUACAAGGAUGGUCGCUCUGUGUCUCCUGGAGCCGAUUACCAGAUUACGCACGAUGGUGAUGGCGUACGACUGGUCAUCCCAGAAGCGUUUGUGGAGGACGACGGCCUUUACGAGGUCGAGGCAAGCAACAGCGGCGGCCGCACGCGUUCAUCCUGCAGGCUUAAAGUGGCUGCGCCCGUGGUGGAAAAAAUCGUUCCCGUCACGUCAACCGACCUCGUGGUCGCGAAGCCGUGCCUGGUCAUGGCGCGGUCGCUACCCACUGAGUUGCAGGUCCAAGCAGGUACACGCGUCUCUCUCAGUGCUUCCGUCGCAGGAACCAGCAACGCCCUCCAGGCCAAAUGGUACCGCGGCUCGGGAGAACCAAUUGCGGAUUCGCCGGACUUCCGACUGAGUCAAGCACGGGAAAUGGUCGUUCCCGAAGAAGGCGGAUCUCUCGUACCGGCUACCUCGUUCACGUUGAGCAUCGCCGAAGCGUUCCCUGAAGACUCCGGUAUCAUCUGGCUCUGCGUCCAAGGGCCCGGCGACACGACGGUCACUUCCCGUACACAACUGCUGGUGCUGGACGAGGACGAUAACCGGGAACAAGCAGCGCAGGCCGCUCGCGACGUCAAGGUCUAUCGCGUCAAAGGCGCACCGUCCAGCGAGAGUGGUGUCGGUGACCUCGAGAUGCGGGUUACGGAGGUCACCGAAGUGAAUGAGCUCCCUCCAGACGUCUCCGAAGAGGUGACGACGCGCACGGCCGCCGACGGGCCUCAGAUCUCGGAAGAAGUGACACGUCGUAUUACGCGUCGGGUAACGGAGAUCACCAAGACACGAACCCAGGAAGUGCGGGGUCCACUUGUCUACCGCUGGGAAUUCCGCCAAUAGAGAGAUGCCGUCAUAGCCUGGCUCAGUGCCUGCUGCCUAGUCGUGGUCCUUGUUGUGGGUGGCCAAAAUAAAGUCUGCUUUUCUUGUUUCAA